AUGCCAGAAGACCUGUCCAUCGUCCAGGCAGACUCCAAGGCCGACUGCUACCAGAACAUCCUCCCGCAGAUUGCCUCGCUCGUGGCCGGUGAGCCGGACCUGAUCGCCAACCUGGCCAACAUCUCAGCUGCGCUCAUGGAACAGUUCCGGUUCCUGUGGGUAGGGUACUAUCUGCCUCGGGGGGAUGAGCUUGUCCUCGGCCCGUUUCAGGGGCCGGUCGCUUGCACCCGCAUUCGAAAGGGAAAGGGGGUGUGUGGCGCCAGCUGGGAGGCGGGAAAGAGCUUGGUAGUGCCUGACGUCAGCCAGUUCAAAGGCCACAUCGGGUGCAGCAGCAAGUCACGGUCCGAGAUCUGUGUGCCUCUGUUUCGAGAGGGCUGCAUGCUGGCGCUGCUGGACAUCGACAGCUAG